UGCACUCCAUGUUGGGCACCGAGCCAACAGCUCCGAUAACUGGCUGCCAUCGCGACGUGGUGCUGGCGGCGAUGGGAUGCUUGCAGUCAAAGGUAGGGUCUUCACAAGAUCCGGGAACGACGCCGACUCGGGCCGAGAGCACGAACCCUGGCCGCGGCGGCACCAUCAAGAACGUCGACUCGUGGAUCACGAACGACAGCGACUACGUCGCCAAGAGCUCCGUGGACAAGAAGAUUAUCAACACCCUUCAAGCGCGCAAGAAGAAGAUGGAUGACGACGGCACGUUCUCCAAGAACACAAACUUCGAGCGCGUCGCCAUGCAGUUUGGCAACGUCGAGAUGGCGUUCAUGUGCAUCCGGGAAAUCUACUCCAAGCACACCGACCCCGUUCGGAAAACAAUGCAAAUGGAUAACUUUUGCGGCGCGCUGUCCGCGUUUGGCGUCACAAUUGACCGCCCCGCGAUUCAAGACAUCUUCAACGAGUCGGACCUCAUCCGGGACAACUCGCUCAAUUUCAACGAGUUCGCCGUGUCCCUCGCGAUCUGCUACCUCUUGAACGUCGUGCCGGGCUUAAGCGCCUGCAGCACCACGCAAGGCGAUGACCAUCUUGACGACGCCAAUGUCGAGCUGGACGCGUCGGACGCCAAGCGCGUCGCCAAAGCAUUCGACACCGUCGUGAACGCGUACCUCAUGUUCGACGAAGACGCAAGCGGGAUCAUCAAGUGGGACGAGAUGAAAGAGAUUCUCAAUAAACCAGAGAAUGGCAAAGCCAAAUCGACGACACACAAAACCAAGUUCUUCAACGUCGAGCGCUGGAAAGAACUCGACUGGAACAAAGACGGCAGCAUCAACUUUCAAGAGUUCUUCCUCGCAUUCCAGAAGUGGGUCGGCGUGGACGACGACGACCAGUGACGGGGACCACCAACGAGGGGGUAUUUACCAGCGAGCUAUCUAUUUCGUGAAAUAUUCAAAGUGUGUCGAGAUGGCGUUGCGGCCGAGUCUGCAGACC